GGCUACGAUUGAUGCAAACAUCCAGCAGUUGAAAGAAACUUUGGUUGCAGAAGAAAGAAAGAAAAAAGAACCGGCUAGAAGAAGAGAACAGGAACAGAGAAGAGAACGGAAAGUUAAGGAGAUCAGACAAGUGAUUGGGACAGAAACUGGAGAACAAGCAGACAUGUCUCAUAUGAUGUCUCAUAUUAUGACUUACGUUACCUUUCUGGAGGAGAAAAUCGACAGGCAGCAAACUCAGUUAGGACUAAGAACAAUCACAAACAUUGUGAAAGAAAAGCACCAUGUAGAAGGUAAGGAAGAAAAUAGACGAGAAGAAAAAGAAGAUAAGAAAGAAGUGAAGAAGUUGAUGGGAGAUGCCAUCAAGUCUGCUGGUCCCAGAAUUAAGACUUCGACCAAUGGGAAUGGACCAUCGAAUCCACCGUCUUCUCCAUCUAACUCCUCUCACUCGUCUCCUUCUUCCAAGUCUCCUUCUUCGACAACUCCGGACAAGACUAUUGCAGAACCGGAGAAGCCAAAGAAGAAAGAAAGAGUGAAGAUGAAGUUGCCUUUUACGUUUCGUAAUAAGAAAGACAAGAGUCUGUUGCUUUGGAUUGCCGAAAUCCAAACAUACGUAUUUACCGCUCUGGUUGAGCCAGAGUCCCAAGUGACGUUCAACACCUCUUGCAUGGGAGGUGAGGCCAAGCAAUGGGUGUUAGCCAAGGCUAACGCUGCCGGGUUUGACGACAUCGCUAAGUGGGCCAAGACAUUGACGCUGAAACAGUUAUUGGCCAAGAUCAAGGACCGUUUUCUCGAUAAGACGACGACCGAUAAGGUGUUUGACCAAUUAACGUUGAUUGGUCAAAAGCAUUGGACGUCGGUCGAGGCUUUGUCCCGCGAAGUCGACCGAUUGCUGCAGGUUUUAGGAUUGAACCUGCAAGACAGCCAAGUGUUGUACAUCUACUCCCGCGCGUUGCCUGAGCCCAUCCGGGGAUACCCGGUUGCCGAAGCAAAGUCAGGUGGACGUGGACGACCCCAGAAGCAGUCCAAGGUUCUACUACCAGGAGACGAGAAAAGGCUUAGGGCCGAAACAAGGGCCCACAAUCUAGAGACUGUGAGAGAGGCAGCGACGGCAACCGAACGAGCGUUGGCAGCAGCAGCAGCUAGCGCGGUAGCAAUGGCCACCUUUGCUGCAAACUCUACUGGUCAGAGUUUGGGUAUGCCACCCAACGCGACCAGUUCACAGUCCAUCUCCAGUACGUCAGGAGCUGGCACUAGUCAGAUGGCGAGUUCGCAGUUCAACUCGCCACCUUCACGCACCCGGGAGAAGAUGGAGCUCCAACAAGUAGAAAGGAUUUGUUUGAGGCUAGAGAAGGAACUCAGGCAGGCUACUAAAAGAGAGAAAGAGAUUAGAGACAGGAGUGUCGGACCAGAGGGUAGGGAGGCAGACAAGGCUGCACUAGAGGGGUUAGAUGACUCGACCCUUAACAAUAAUGAAAAGAUUCUUAAGGCGAGCAUCAUGUCCAUGCACGCAUACAUGGACAGUAAACUGGAUACCAUCCAGGACACCUUGGACCAGAUCCUGAAUGCCAUGCACAGGCCAGGAAUCAGGCCAGCAGUCUUGCCAUCGCUGCCAUUCUCAACGAUGACAGGCCCCUAUGCCGCUCAGUCUGGACCACCACCAAGUGGUACAUCAGCAACAGCCCUAUCUCAGACUGUUGCUUCUUCAUCUUUCGGUCCUGCGACUGGUGCUACACCACAGUCGUCACCUGUCUCGCCGGCGGGACAGCAAUUUCCUUGGUAUCCCAAGACCCCCCUGAAACCACCUCCAACCUUCUCAGGAGACAAGAAGGACAAGGCUCUCGGCACGUGGUUGAGAACGGUGCCAGCGUGGGUGAUGGCAAAGAGGACAUUGGUAGAAGAGGAAGUGAUUACUGCUGCAUCCUACUUAGAGGGUUCAGCAGCUCGCUCGCUAAAUGGAUUGACCCACACCUUAGAGAGCUUUAUGGAUUUAGUGGAAGCACGAUGGCACAACCCUCAACAGGCACAUAUUGCCACUAAUGGGUUAUUAAAGCUUGAUGCUAGGAAGUACAAGUCAGUGCGAGAGCUUACCACGACCGUAGAGCACCUGAUCGUUGUCGCAGGAGUCGAGUCCAAUCCACAGGUCUUAUUGACCAUGUUCUUGAGGUGUCUUCGCACAGACAUCAAGACCUUACUGGCCAGCGAGGCUCGGUUAGAGUGUCACACGUUUGAGACAUUCAGUAAGAAGGCCCUAGAUUUAGAGGCUACACUGGGUAGUGCUCAGACCCCUUCUACGGACGGGAGAAAGAAGAAGACUCCACAGGGAUGGAAGAAAAAGGGUAGUCGAUUGAUGAUGGUUGAUUCCGAAGGGAAUCAAACUGAAAUCGAUGAUGUUUCUGAACUUGUGGAGGGUGCAGAGUUAGAUGGCAAGGAGAGUGUUGAGGGUAGCAACCUCGCUGCAGUAGUUAAGACUAAGGCAGCGGGCCGCGGCAAGGGCGGGCAGCAAAGGAGUCAGGGGCAGGCCGCUAACCCAAACAAAAUAGCUGCUUGGGUUAGAGCAGGCUUGGAUCAAGAAGUGUGGCGGGACCGUUGGUCUAGGGUUGUGUUGCAUAAACUGCGACCUUCAAGUGGAUCAAGACAACCAUUUCUCUCCGAUGCACUCAAACGCUGGAUUGAAGUCAUAGAUCAGUAUGAUUUCAAACUAGACUAUGUGAAGGGAGAGUACAACAAGGUUGCAGAUGCGUUGUCUAGGAGGGCAGAUUACCUAGGUGCGCUGAUUUCUGAGUUUGGUUUGUCUGAGGACGUUAUUCAGUCUUUGGGGGAAGCCUACAAGGAAGAUCCCAUCACAAUGGACAUCAUCAACAAACUGCAGGCCAAGGACAAGGCCACCUCCGACGGGUUUGUGAUGGUGAAUGGGUUACUCUUUCUUGAAAAGGCAAGGUUCAAAAGGUUAGUUGUUCCAUCUAAGGAAAUUUUGCAUAGUUUGUUUUUAGGUGAGUGCCACGACGCAACAGGACAUUUUGGCUAUAAGAAGACUAGUGUCAAUUUAGUACAGCGAUUCUGGUGGCCUAACAUGCUAGACGAUGUGAAGAAGUACGUAGAGACCUGUCAGGUCUGUCAGCGGGAUAAUCCGCGGACUCAAGCUCCGCUUGGGCUACUAAAGCCUCUACCCAUCCCUGCUGGCCCCGAGCAGAGUAUCUCCAUGGACUUCAUGGAUACUCUCGUGACCAGCAAGAAUGGCAAGAGGCACAUCUUCGUCAGAGUUGAUAGGUUCACUAAGUAUGCUAGACUAAUUGCCAUGCCGAAGACCGCCAGGACUGAACAUGUCAUCAAGUUAUUCAUGGAUAACUGGCAGACUGUCGAACAUAUCAAGAAAUCGCAGGAAGCCACGAUUGCUUUUGAGAACAAGCGUCGCCAACAGUCCACAUUUCAGGUAGGGGAACGUGUCUGGGUCAAGGCUAGUGAGUUGGGACAGGAGUUUGGCAUCUCUAGGAAACUAAUGCCUCAGUAUUUCGCUCCCUGGGAAGUCUUAGACAUUGUGGGGAAUGAUUUGGAUGGUCCCUCGUACGUCAUUUGUAUCCCUGGUCACUUACGCACUUACCCUGUUUCUCACGCCUCCAAGCUUGCACCUUUCGCUGAGACAGUACAGUUCCCAUCACGGAGAUCUAUGCUGCCCCCAACCAUGGAUGGCCACGUGGACGUCGACAACAUCCUGGAUCAUAGAGACAUGCCUGUUCCCAAGCCACCUGGCAGGGGAACACCUCCCAAACCUGCGAGGGAGUACAAAGUACAUUUCAAGCAUCAUACUGAUCCGAAGGAAGAUCGAUUUCAAGGGAGGAGCUUGUCAAGACAGCUCCUCAGAUCAUGGAUGAUUAUGAGAAGAAACUAAAAGGGAAGGCACCAGCAUGAAGCAUCUCAGCGGA